AUGGCGGCAAACAAGAAGAAAUGCAGACAGUACAGUGUCGAUUACAUAAACUUUGGCUUUAUUCCCUCACCUACAAAUGUUCAGCUCCCGAUGUGCCUGCUUUGCGAGCAGGUUUUCUCUAAUGAGGCGAUGAAACCCUCACGUUUAAAGGAUCACCUGAACAAAAUGCAUCCUGACAAGGCAUCUCAUGAUGUGGCUUAUUUCAAUGCCCUCAAAGAGAAACAUUCAAGACGGACCAUUUCGAAUCUGUUCGCUCGGAAGACAAACCAGACAGAGAACGGGUUAGUGGCGUCCUACAAUAUUUCUUUACUGAUAGCUAAGUCUCGCACACCAUUUACUGUAGGAGAAAAGCUGGUUCUCCCAGCGAUUAAAGAGGUCAUCUCCACUGUGAUGGAGCGAGACCCAGCGCCAGUGUUAAGGGCCAUCCCGCUCAGCAAUGACAGUGUGGCACGGAGGGUUAGAGAGAUGGCGCUGGACACUGAGGAGCAGCUGUGUGCCACACUGCGAGAAAAUCGUUUCAGUAUCCAGCUGGAUGAAACAACAACAGCAGACAACAAUGUUCUCCUAAUGGCCUAUGCGCGUUUUGUGUCUGGGAGGGAUGUGGCCGAGGACAUGCUGUUUAUUAAAUAUCUCUCUGCGGACACGAGGAGAAACUAUAUUUAA